AUGGGUCUUCCACCUGCAACAGACCUCCCUCCCGAGAUCUGGAUCUUAAUCUUGGACUUUGCGACCUCAUACGACGAUGGAUCAGCUGCACUUUCCCUCUGCGAGGUCUCAAAGGGUUUCUACCAGCUUGUCCAGCCCCCUUCCGUUAUCGAACGUGUGGCGCCUGCCAGCAGGGGGAUUAUAAAUCUCCGCAUCGAAAUCGACAGUCUGUAUCCUUUGAUUUACCCACCAGAGUCCCUGGACUCCGAACAAGACGAGGAGGAUACCAGUUAUGUCGACGAAGAAAUUCCAUCGGUUUCAGGGGAUGGGGAUAGGGAAACCAGUGACGGGGGAAUCUAUCUGGAAGGGGGAGAGGAGGCAAAAGCGAACGCUACAGGGGCCAUAGACCAUGGAGACGAUGAGUGCGAUAAUGCGUCAGACGAGUCUGAGGAUGGAGACGGCGACACGAUUUCCAGCACCGAUUCGGACUACGAGUACCAAGAGGUAUCGCACUCGGAUUUGGAUUUUGAACACGAAGCCCAGAGGGGCCCCGACACCGAGGAGCUAAAGACAUACCUGUCCACCCUUCCCAAACACGGCGAUGGGACCCUGGCUGACCUGGCGCGCAUCCCAACCCUCCUGGCAGAGGCAGAACACACGAUUUACUCCGCCAUCCGUAGGAUCGUCCUAUCCUCGUCCCAAACGCUCAGAAUAGUACAUAUGCACAUCACAGCCGAAUACUUUGUUUCGAUUACGUCGAUCUUCCCAGUCCUCCCGAACCUGGAGAUCCUGGACAUGAAGAAGGGACGGUCAGGCAAAGUCAGCGGAUGCACGCUCACUAUUCGUAAGGUGGAUACCCCGUGUCCGGUUCUUUUUCCUCGGUUACGGUUGGCCGCGUUCGAUGAUGGGUUCAAUAACGAUCGUCAACUGGAGGAGCUCACUGGAGGCUGUGAACCUGAAAUGGGUGAUUCCCUGGUAUCCUCGGAGCAGGAUUGGAUAGCUGCAGUAAACGGUAGACUGGGAUAG